GAGGAGGAGGAGAAGGAGGGAGGGGGUGGGAGAGAUUAGUUUGGGAAGUAGCACGGAUUGCUCAUCCGAUCCGUUCAGCCGCAGCCAGUGUGUCAAAUUACAGAGGCGCCGGAAUCGGCCCCAACGCUUCUCGGCGGCGGCCACGACCCACCUCUGCCCAUGGGGCCCUCGGUGUGCGCCCCUUCGCGCCGGGACUGAAGCCGGCUCGCCCGGGAGACGCGAGACACCAAGAAGGACCGACAGCGCGGAACCAACUCCGGGACUCUGCAGAUACUUGAAGGGGGAGACGGCGGAGAGAAGGAGAGCCGGCCGGAUUCCCCUAACUUUCCUGGACUUGGAACGUUCUUCGAAGUAACUCUCUUCUCACCUGGUCUACUACCGCUGUACUGCCAGCGGCAGCUGGUUGUGUUCUCUCGGCUCUCCCCCUCCUGCCGCUAGUUUUUCCAUCGUCUUUGCCGGGAGCAAAGGAAAGGGACAUUUCCCCCCUCCUUGCCCGCAGCUUGGAUCGCGCCUCUGGGCAGCGGCUCUCGCCUUUAUUUAUUCUAUUUAUUUAUUUAUUGGUUCUCAAGACACAAGGGGAUGGUAGCCGAGCGCCCCCGCAAAGCGGCAGCCGCCGGUGCCCGCGGCCCCGGGGAGCUAAGCGCGCCCGCGACGGUGGCGCUGGCGGUGGCGCCGGCGGAGCGCUGCGCGCGGCUGCCGAGCCCGGGGUCGUGCGGGCUGCUGGCGCUGGCCCUGUGUUCGCUGGCGCUCAGCCUGCUCGCCCACUUUCGGACCGCGGAGCUGCAGGCCCGGGUGCUGCGCCUGGAAUCGGAGCGUGGGGAGCAGCAAAUGGAGACGGCUAUUUUGGGACGAGUCAACCAACUGCUGGAUGAGAAAUGGAAGCUCCACUCUCGGAGGCGCCGGGAGGCCCCCCCGAAGACGUCUGCAGGGUGUCACUGCCCACCAGGUAAGGAGCCCUGAGAAUAGGUGACCGGGAGGGGGACCGGAACCGGAGGCCCCCUUAGUGGGCGUGAUCUCACCACACCUGCUCGCGGCAUCACUGUUGAUGUGAAAGAUGGGAAUGACGGGAUCUGAAAUGCUUACCUCCCCUCUGCUGGUCAACUGGCCCGCCCACCUGCCGUUUGUCAUUCAGUUGUUCAUGUAUUCGUUCAUCUGUAAACCCUUCUGUGGGAGGAGGGGGAGCCCGCCAGGGGGUGAAAUCACGUAUGACGAUGGGCAUGGCUGCGUUCAGAAAAUUACGAAGCGUUACGCAGAGUUGAAGAAAACAGAAGCCCACGAGGGCAGGGACCUGGCUCGUCAAGUUUACCGUUGUGCCCACAACUCCCGACACACAGUAGGUGUACAAAAUUGUUACACAAAUGAAUGAAUGAGUCCAUCCUCGUAAAACUUGCCUGCCCUAGCCGGAUGGCUCAGGGCGCUGUGCAUUUGCUGGACGGCAUCUAGGCGACACGCGUCAAUGCAUACUCACACACGGAUUCGAGGCUGCAAGGUGGUGGGGGGGGGUGGUAAUCUGGACUCGGAUCCCGCUUUUGCCGUCGACCAGCCCUAUCUGCUCAGAUCACUAGUGAGGACUCCUGUUCGAGUGCUCUUCCUGUGCUCCUCACCCGGGGUUCCCACUCCGUGCUGGGCUCCCUACUGCGUGGUGAGUUCAAUGGCACAGUCCACUGUUAAUGAUAGUGACCAGUUACAGCUCAGGAGGACUCUUCUGGGUGAGUAGUCAUUAGGAUUAAGCUAUGAGAAUGACAGAUGGACAAGUGUCACUGCUCCAUGAGUAACUGGGAUGGGCUAUCCUUUUUUUUGUGGGGCAGGAAGGAAGCUCCAGAAAAAGACAAUGAGGAGCGGGGACACCCUCGAGUAAUCACAGAGGGGCUUGCCCUGCUCAGGGCCUCUGUCAGCCCCAAGUAGGCUCCUUUUCACCCUCUGCGGGCAUGUGACAAUGGCAGGACCCCCACAGGGCACAGGUGCCCAGGGGUCCCGGUAGUCCUCACCCAGGGUCCCCGGGCCAGGGCAAGGAGGCCAACAGGUGGUGGGCGUGUGGGAAAUGGAGAGCCCACAUUGUCAGAGGAAUGAGCGGAGCUGGGGCAGACUCACUGUUGAGGGUGCCACCACGGGAAACGGUGGGGCCAUGACGGGAUUCAGCUGGCCUGUCGGGAGAGGGUCGUCGGGGUUAAUUAAAAGGGUGUCCAGAAUCCUGGGAAGCUCUCUCCCUCCCACAGGGCCCAGGACGUUGAGUGCUGGCAUCUGGGAAACUUGUUGUCAAAAGAAUGCCAAGAUUUUUUUUUUUUAAUUUUGUUUUUUUUUUCACGUUUAUUUUAUUUUUGAGACAGAGAGAGACAGAGCAUGAACGGGGGAGGGGCAGAGAGAGAGGGAGACACAGAAUCAGAAGCAGGCUCCGGGCUCUGAGCCAUCAGCCCAGAGCCCGACGCGGGGCUCGAACUCACGGACCGCGAGAUCGUGACCUGAGCUGAAGUCGGACACUCAACCGACUGAGCCACCUAGGCGCCCCAAGAAUGCCAAGAUUAAUGAGCUGGGAUGAAGGUGAGGGAAGGGUGUCAGGGCCUGGGCGGAGCACCCGUAAGCGUCGGGCCCUCUAGGGCAGCCCAUGCUUCAGCUAAGCCUGCCUGUUGUCCCCAUAGCUCUCGGUCAACUGCCACCGUCUUCUGCUCCAAGUCUAGAAUGUGGCUGAAGGGCGGGACACUUGGAGCCACAGACAAUAGAGGUUU